CCUUCUUCAACCAGAAUUCUUCUGUCAGAUUAUUAUUUUCAAUUUCGAAACUUCCAAUUAAUUAAUAUCUAUGAUUCUUCAAAUUUCCUAUUAUUUUCCUCUCAUUUAAUGUUACAUCCAUCCACUUCGUUACAAAUUGCGGAAAUCAAGCCCUAAUUUCUCGAUCACACUUUUGCACAUCAUCAAUCAAACAGUGAUCUUCAUAUAUUUGUUCUAUUACAGCAAUUAUAGCGAUAACAAUGCUGAACAAGAGAUUCAAGAUCGCUAAGUGUAAAACGUCGUUGAAAUUAGCGACUUCGAGGAUUAAGUUAAUGAGGAAUAAGAAAGGUGUACAGAUUAAUCAGAUGAAGCGUGAGUUAGCUCAACUGUUGGAAUCUGGACAAGAUCGAACGGCUAGAAUUCGAGUUGAACAUGUGAUCAGAGAAGAAAAGAUGGUGGCAGCGUAUGAUUUGAUCGAGAUAUAUUGUGAACUUAUUGUGGCACGAUUGCCUAUUAUCGAAUCACAAAAGACUUGCCCCAUUGACCUGAAGGAAGCAAUCACAAGUGUGAUAUUUGCAGCGCCUAGAUGUUCAGAUAUACCCGAGCUUGCAGAUGUUAAAAAAAACUUUACAGCAAAAUACGGGAAAGAGUUUGUUUCUGCAGCUAUUGAGCUGCGUCCUGACUGUGGUGUAAGCCGCAUGUUGGUCGAGAAGUUAUCUGCAGUUGCACCAGACGUGCAGACAAAAGUAAAAGUUUUAAGUGCGGUAGCAAAAGAAUACAACGUCAACUGGGAUCCAACUUCAUUUGAAGAGAAAGAAUCCAAGCCUCCUGAUGACUUGUUGAAUGGGCCCACAUACAUUGAGAAACCGAGCACGAUAAGUGUCGAUUCUCCUAAAAUCCAAACGUCAUACGCCCAAAAUGUGCAAAGUCACGAAGAAAAUCCAAAUGGACGUGUUGAUUUCGCUCAACAGAAUAGAAGAUUCACACUAGAUGCUCAGAAUGUACCCACUGCAGAUUCUACUCAUGAUGAUAUGGGGCCUUCAGGACUGGGCUCUGGAACGAUGAACACGAGGCACUCAUUCAAUAGCAGCAACAAUUCUUCUUUCAGUAAGGAGACAUGGAACAUGGAAUUCAAGGAUGCCACAUCUGCAGCACAGGCUGCAGCUGAGUCAGCAGAACGGGCUAGUAUUGCCGCUAGAGCGGCUGCAAUGUUAUCGAGCCAGGGUAAGAUUACGCGACAGUAUUCAUCCGAAUCAUAUAGUAGUCAACAAAAUGCCCGAGUUUCUUCAGAAUAUACAGGUCAACAUAGCUUCAAAGAUACAUAUAACAAUACCUCUUUUAAGGAUCGAAAGUCAAAGAUACAGAAUCAGCAAAUGGGCCCAAUGGGCCCAACGGAUAUUGAUACUUCCCCAAAAGCUACUAAGAGUUCAAGCAGUUUGAGAUCCAGAAAUGAUUCAAUAAAGGAUAAUUCGGUAAAUUACUUUGAAUCACAUGAAAGUAGUUCGAAGAAAGAAUCUCGAGCUCGGUUUACAAAUGGGGGUGAUGAAGGUUCUUCUAAAUCUGCAAAUUUUGAUUAUUAUGAUAAUGGACGUGAUGACUUGACUUUUGACCAACGGAAGGCUGGUCAAAGAACAGUCGUUGACCAAGAAAACGAACCAAGCGAUGUAAAAUACGAUGUUCAUGAAGAUGAUGAAAGCGAUUCUGAUGCGGGUCCUAGGUUCGAUACGGGAUUCGAGUAUGAUGAAGUGGACGCCAAGGCGUUUUUCCCAUCUCCCGACAGGGAAUCAUUCUCUCCCCUCGCGAGCCCAAAGUCAACUUUUAGUGAUACAAAAAAGUCAACUUUCGUUGAUCAAAAGAACACGAGCAGCACUAUGGGCAGGGUUGGUUCUGCACAAUCUGUUGAUCACUCGGUGAAAUACGACCUUUCAGAUGGUCCAGGUUCUGAAACUGAAACCGAGACGACAAAGUCAACUUCUCGAGUUGACCCGGGAUUUGUAGAACUGCCACCAAGUAAAGUCAAUCCUACAAAAACCCGAAUUGAGUUGAAUGAUUUGGUCGAAACGGGAUCAUCCAUUCAUAAUGAAUACGAUGAUUUUGAUACGGGGAAAGAUUUAAAAUUUGGAACAUUGACCGGUGGCCUUCGACACAAAAGUGGUCUAAAGUAUCCACCUUACACGAAGACUGCAGUCAAAGAAAGUCCCGUAAAAGUUGACCCGACAUCCAAACAAAGUUCUUUCAGUUCGAGAACAACUACAAGUAAAGCGGAUAACAAAAAACCAAGUGUUGUGUCGAAAUCUGAAUCGGAUUCUGAUUCGGAUGAUGACAAUGAAACAUUGCGGCUACAAAACUCUUUUAAAACUAGAUCACAAUUUGCACCCCCUGAUAAAUUCUUUAAUAAUGAUGAAAGUGACUUUGAAGAAGAAGUUUCAUCAGCUUCAAAACCAAUGUCGACCGGUAAGGUUCGUUUGGGUCCGGGCUUGUCUCGCCGUACCAAAGGUCAGGUUGAGCCCAUGGGCAAAACUGUAAUUUCCAAUUCAUCUCCAUCUAGUAGUACUUCAGCAGAACGAAAGUCAAACACACGUUCUAACAUCACCGAAUCUCCUCCCGGGCCUCAGCCUGACCUGGCCCAUUUUAAGCACGAACCUUUCCGAACAAAGCCCGAUCCUAAGAUUUCCGAACCACCACCGAAUCCAAGAAUAAAGAUUGUGGAAUCAGUGAAAGCAGAGCCACCAAAAACAGUGAAUUUGAGUUCUGAAACAAAACAGGAAGCAAAUAAUGUCAAGAAACCGAGUCAUGUUCAUCCAAAGCUACCCGAGUAUGACUCGCUGGCUGCUCGUAUCCAGGCUCUAAGUAAGAUGAAUCAUUAAUGAGUAAUUACAGUUUUAUACACUCAUAAUCAGGUAAGCUUUUUUGUAUAGCAUUUUACGUAACACAUACGAUGUCUCGCACAUAUUUUAUUUGUUUGUUUUUCAAGAAGCAUACCCAUAUAUACAUUUUUGUCGUUUAAAGUUUCCUUGUUUGGUCGACUCAAACUUUUCAA